CCCCUGUACAAGCGCUUCUACGACAUCACCACGUCCCUGCCCGGGGCCCUCCAGGAGUCGCCCCUCUUCGGGAGGGUCUACCCCCUGGUGGCCCCCGUGGCCGACCCCGUCGUCGCCAACUUCUCAAACUCCAAGGUGCUGCGGCAGCUGGACGACCACCUCAAGCCCAAGACCGCAUGA